UGUGUCUGUGGUCAGAUCUGGAUGUGUGGCGGUCAGCUCCUCAUCAUCCCCUGCUCCAGAGUCGGACAUAUCUUCAGGAAGCGUCGGCCCUAUGGAUCACCAGGGGGUCAAGACACUAUGGCCCAUAAUUCUUUGCGGUUAGCACAUGUGUGGAUGGAUGAGUAUAAGGAGCAGUAUCUGUCUCUGCGUCCGGAGCUCCGUGAGCGGAGCUACGGUGACGUCAGCGAACGUGUGGCUCUGAGGAAGCGACUGCAGUGUCAAUCAUUCCGCUGGUACCUAGAUAACAUUUACCCCGAGAUGCAAACUGGAGCCAAUGUAAACAAGCCGCUGCCGCCUGUGUUUGUCAACAAAGGCGUGAGGCGACCUAAAGUCCUGCAGCGAGGACGUGUAAGUGGCGUCGCUCUUUGGUAACAUUCUACUGCUGAGGUCAUAGUACGGGUGUAAGAA